AUGGCCGAAGAAGUCUCAUCUGAUUGCGAAAUCGUCCCUACAGGAGACGGUCGCACCUUCCAUUUCCGGGUGAGGCUCUCGUCGCCCCCUCCUGCCGAGCCUCUGCAGAAGAGGAUCGUCCUUGCUGAAUGCAUUUGCACUGCGUUUUACUUGCAACAAAGUUCGACCCCCAGCAUCGUGUUUGCUCUUGGGGUGUAUCCUAACCCCGCGCUGAAAGCCGCUACCAAGGUGUCUACCCACAUUGUUUUGCUCGACAAGACUGGCUCGCCGGCGCCUUCGAUGGGAAGUGGAAGAAUCUUAAACGUCUCUUGCCCUUUGUAUAUGGAUAAUGUUUACAUGCUGAAAUUAGAGAGAGACCAUGUCAAAGUUAACUGUGUGGUCGACAACUACUUCGUUGUGCUGUGCUCUGUGGACAUCGACUGGACACCUCAAGCUUCAUCAAUCCUGGAUGUAGGUCAUGAUCUGUUCAAGAUGUUGGGUAAACAAGAUCUUACAGAUGUUACCUUCGAUGUUGGCGGGGAGAGCAUCAGUGCACAUCGCCUGGUGCUCGCGGCCCGAUCACACGUCUUUAAAGCAGAGCUCUACGGCCCGAUGGCUGAAAGCAAGAUGGCAUCUAUCACCAUCCAAGACAUGGAGGCAUCUACCUUCAAAUCUAUGCUCCAUUACAUGUAUCAUGGUUCAUUGCCCGAUGUUUCAUCCACUGUAGCAGAAUACCAGCAUCUUCUUGUAGCCGCUGAUAGGUAUGGGUUAGAGAGGCUAAAGAAGAAUUGUGAGGACAAGCUAUGUGCCAACUGUAUCACAAUAGACAGUGUGGUCUCAUUGUUGGAGCUAGCAGAGGACCAUGUCUGCUCCAAACUCAAGGCUAGGUGCUUUGAUUUCCUUGCUGAUGGUGACAAUUUCAAGAUUGUUGGGACAUCUGGUGAGUACCUACAAGUGAUGCAGACAUUUCCAACUCUUUUGGUUGAAGCGCGGAACAGGCUCAAGAUACCGCACGCUGAACCGGCCAUCAUAGAAACUCCAGCUUCAUCUGUAGAGGAGCAGCUCCUGGAUUUAGGUCAUGAGCUGGCCAUGAUGUUGGAUAAUCAAGAUCUUACAGAUGUUUCCUUCGAUGUUGGCGGGGAGAGCUUCAGUGCACAUCGCCUGGUGCUUGCGGCUCGAUCACCUGUCUUUAAAGCGGAGCUCUGUUGCCCGAUGGCUGAAAGCAUAAUGACUUCUAUCACCAUCCAAGACAUGGAGGCUUCUACCUUCAGAUCUAUGCUCCAUUACAUGUAUCAGGGUUCACUGCCCGAUGCUGACAGCAAUGAUGUUUCUUCCACCAUGGCCCACUACCAGCAUCUGAUUGUUGCUGCUGAUAGGUACGGGGUAAAGGGGCUAAAGAAGAUAUGUGAGUACAGGUUAUGUGGAAGCGGUAUCACGAUUGACAAUGUGGUCUCAGUGUUGCAGCUGGCGGAGGACCAUGCCUGCCUCAAACUCAGAACUGAGUGCCUUGAUUUCCUCGCUAAUGUUGAAAAUUUUAAGAUGGUUGCCACAUCUGCUGAGUACCUCUGUUUGAUGCAGAGCUUUCCGUCUCUCUUGGUUGAAAUGCGGAAUAGGUUCAAGAUGGUACAUAAAGAACCAACUACCAUGAAUCCUCGUGCUCAAAAGAAAAGCCGAGUGCGCUAGGCAGGAUGAUGGGGUCGAUGAAUUUGAAUCCUCCUGCAAUGGCAUGUUCAUCGUUGUUCAUCCUCUUCUUUGUAGUUGCAGUAGUAUGUAUGUAUGUUCCUCGUGUAGCUAUCGUGGUUUCAAGUUCUUGUUAGAGUUCUUGAAAGACAUGACAACCCUAGUGCUGAACUGUAGUUUGUUAGUUAUCUGCCUGGUCAGGUCUAAACUUUUAACUAGCCACUCUAUCUAGUA